AUGGUUUCAAAUCGGAAAAUAAGGGUGCUAGCUCUUGCAAUCGGUGCUGUCACGCUACUUUCUGUGCUUUUCUUCACAAAAGACUCGAGAGCAAAGAAGGUACUGGUGGUGGAGAAGACCGCUGGAAACACUCUCUUGGAAUCAGCAAAUAACGACAAGGUCGACGCGGCCAUAAACGCAGAAAUAUCCAAAUCAAAGGGUAAAGAAGAAGCAGAGAACAAUGGCGAGGUGGAGCAAACCGUCCAGGAAGAUAGCCCCUCCAAUGAAGAAUACGACCCAGCAAAGGACUACAGGCAGAUACGUGCAUUGGCGCCCAUGACAGUCUUUUCAAAAACAUACUGUCCAUUUUCCAAAGCAUUGAAACUGUUAUUACUGGAUUCCUAUGAUAUCGUGCCACCACCUAUAAUAGUUGAGCUUGACAAGGCAAAGCAUGGUAAAGAACUCCAAGAGUACUUGGCAGAGAUAACAGGCCGCAGGACAGUCCCUAACGUUCUAGUUGGCGCCUCGAACCCACAGAGUCGAGGCGGAGCUGAUGAUUUCCAGGAAAUGCACAAAAACGGAGAACUAGAAGCAUUCUUGAAUGCUUGGGGUGAGAAGGAGCUAGUGGUGAAGCGGAAAGAAAAGCCUUCCAAUGCGUAA